AUGUCGAAUACUACGCACAAUGUUGGAAGCGAACACGUUCUGAUCACAGGUGUGACUGGAUAUAUUGGCUUCAAAACACUAACAAUUGCCCUCGAAAGAGGGUAUCGUGUUCGGGCUGUAGUCCGAAGUGAGAAGAAUGUCGAUGAUUUGAAGAACAAAAGCACAAUUAUUGCGCAAAGCCUUGAUCGCGAACAGCUGGAAUUCACUGUCAUCCCGGAGUUCUUGAAGAAGGAUGCAUUUUUCAAAGCCCUUGAUGGAAUCAAUGUCAUCAUUCAUCUCGCAUCGCCUUUAGCAAUUGAGACCGAUGAUUAUGAUGCAGGAAUUGUCAAGCCAGCCAUCUCGAUGGUGACCAGUGUCCUGGAGGCAGCCACUCGUCAGCCUUCAAUCAGUCGCGUUGUCUUAACGUCUUCUUGUGUGACGAUGAUUCCAAUUGAAUGGAACAUGAACCCUGACAGCGAGCGUCUAUAUACAGUGGCCGAUACUAACACAAGUGUCUCUGGUCCAUUCUCAAGUUCAAUGGAAGCAUACUGGGCGUCCAAAGCCCUCGCUCGAAUUGCGACCAAGGAAUUCUUUGAAAAAGAGCGCCCAAAAUUCGACUUUGUUAAUCUAUUACCAUCCGUGGUCAUUGGACCAGACGAUCGUCUGAACACGGAUGCAAGUGCGACCAUCGAUAGUGUCCUCCAGGGCACCCGAGCAGCGGUCCUUGCCCCCGCGUUGAGUGAUUCGCUCAACUCCGCAUUCCCCUAUGUCGGAACGCCAGUUCACGUUGCCGAUGUCGCUCGAGCACAUGUUGACUCGAUAGAUUCCCGGCUGGUUCCCGGAAACUCUGAGCAUAUUCUCUCUUCAGACACCCCAGAUGGGGUAGUUUGGGAUCGGGACGUCUCUCGCGUUUGUCGCAAAUUCUUUCAUGGUGAUGUUGCGAGUGGGAGAUUGCCUCUGAAGGGCUCUUUGACCGCAAUCAAAUGGAGACUGGAUGGGCAGGCGACGGAAAGGAUAUUUGGAUGGCAAUUUACGAGUUUUGAAGAAACCAUGAAGCAGCUCGUCGCUCAAUAUCUGCGAAUCUUCGCCAAUUCAGCCGUUUGA